AUGAGAAGAAGCAGUCAACCACCAACACCUCGACUACAAUCUCAUCCUUAUGCAAGUACUCAACAAAUGCUUUCAUCUCCAGCACCAAAACCGCAGCUACCUCCAGACUCAGUUUCACAGAUGUAUAUUCAGGAUGUAGCAUUGCCAUCUGGUAAUGGAAGUAACAGGAAAAGGACAACCCAAGCACAAGAUUAUUUGAGUAAAAGAUCUAUGAAAUUUUCUGACAAUGAUGAAAAACACAGGUGGAAAGAAAGAAAUACAAGACAACCUACUGAAGAAAGAUUAGAUGCAUACACUAUGCAGUAUUGUAAUUCUUCAUCACCAAGAGAACAUCAGCAAACAACUGAGAUGCGACCCUUGGGACAAACUCUGGAGCUUUUUUCUUUAUUUGGAUCUACUCCUCAUAAUUGCAGUAAAAUUUACACUAAAAAUUUAAAGAAUAUCUUUGCUGAACCUAUCUUUCCAAUGAUAGUUGUUUACAUCAGAAACAUGAUAUUACAAUUAUAUAUAGGGCUGUAUGUUCUGCACUACUGCAUAAGUGUGGACCUUACAUAUUAUGUGGAAGAAGGCAAGAGUCCAAAUACUUACUUGGAUCUGAGAAGAAGCAAUCAGCCACCAACACCUCGAUUGCAGUCUCAUCCUUAUGCAAGUACUCAACAAAUGCUGUCAUCUCCAGUUCCAAAACCACAGCCAGCUUCAGAUUCAGUUUCUCAGCAGAUGUAUCUUCCAGACAUUGCUUUACCAUCUGGUAGUGAUAGAAAUAAGAAAAGAACCAUAAUCCAAAAUUAUUCAGGUAGAAGUUCUAUAAAAUCUUCUCAAAAUGAUAAUAGACAAGGCUUAAGUGAUGAUGAUACAAAUCAUACUGAGGAUAUAUCUGAUAUGUACCCAUCCCAAUACUGUAAUCCUCCCCCACCAUUACAAAGCAUUCCAGUAGCUGAAGGCAGUUAUGUGAGUGGCCAGAGACAUUUGAUAAGUCCUCCUUACCCAGCCAAUCCUUGGUCUGAUGUUGCCAUUCCUACAACAAAUAUGAGAAGAAGCAGCCAACCACCAACACCUCGAUUGCAAUCUCACCCUUAUGCAAGUACUCAACAAAUGCUAUCAUCUUCGGCCCCAAAACCACAGCCACCCCCAGACUCACAGAUGUAUGUUCAGGACAUAGCAUUGCCAUCAGGUAGUGAUAGAAAUAAAGAGAGGAUUAACAGAAUGCCAGACUAUUCCAGUCAAAGUUCCAUAAAGUCUUCUCUUAGUGGCAAUAGACAAGAAUGCAAUGUUGUUGAUUCACAACUCACCAAAGAUGGCUCAGGUGUGUACAUUUCUCAGUAUUGUAACCCUCUUCUUUCUCAAACUGAUUUGACACAGACCACAGAGAUGAGACCCUUGGGACAGACUGUCAGCUACCCAAGUGAUACCACAAUAGUGGCCAGAGGCUUUUACACGCCCUACAUGAAUGAAAACAAUCCUCAAACUGCCAGUUCUGAUAUAAGAAGCAAUCAGCCACCAACACCUCGACUGCAGUCACAUCCUUAUUCAAGUACUCAACAAAUGCUAUCAAAUCCAGCUUCUGAUACAGUAUCACGGAUGUAUAUUCAAGACAUAGCCUUGCCAUCUGGUAGUGACAGAAACAAGAAAAGAAUAGAGAGGACACAAGACUAUUCUAGUAGAAGUUCUGCAAAGUCUUCUGUCAAUGAUAAUGAACAAGGAUGGAGUGAUGUAGAUGGAAGACAAACUGAAGAUGUAUCAGAUGUGUAUCCUUCACAAUAUUGUAACCCUCCUCCAUCACACAGUAAACAACAGCAGACCACAGAAAUGAAACCUUUGGGACAGACCAUCAAUUACCCUAGUGAUACCACAAUAGUAGCUAGAGGCUUUUACACACCCUACAUGAAUGAAAACAGUCCUCAUACAGAUGCCAACAGUAGUAGCUCUUCUAAUAGACAUUUACAAUCAAGGAAUGUACCUACUAGUGGUAGUCAGUCUUCUAUUAAUAGACCUCUGCCACCUGUACCCAUUUAA